CUCAACAAGUCGCAUCAUGUGAUGUAAAUAUACAUGUUAACAUUGCCAUGAUACACACAAUAUUGAUAUAAAAUAAACACUACACUACACCACUUUGAAAAUUGACUGAAAACACUGUUUUCCAAAAUGAUCUUGUUUCUUUCAUUAAUACUGUGUACAUCGAUGGUUCACACAUUUCCAUCAACUAACCGGACUGAAGAGUGGGAAGUAUGGAAGAACAAAUUCAUGAAAACGUAUAAGACGCAGGAGAUCGAGCAGAUGAAGAAAGUAAAAUGGAUUGAGAAUUUGUUGUUUGUGCAGACACAUCGUCAGCAGAGCAGUGGUUUUGAUGUUGAGAUGAAUAUGUUUGCAGAUUUGAGCGUCCAUGAUCUACUAGCCACCAAUUUGGAAACUGUCAAUGCUCAUCAACAUCAACCCAAUUAUGUGAGUGAAGUAGAUGGACAGACGAACAUACCAAAAUCUUGGGAUUGGCGAAAACACGGUGUCGUUGGACCCGUCCAUAACCAAGGAGAAAUUAACGAUGCCCUUUCAAUCGCAGCAACGGAUUGUGUUGAGAGCCUCGGUGCUGUGACAAGAGGGUCCCUGUCAAGGUUGAGUCAACAAGAAACGUAUGAAUGCUGCACGAUACACCAGCCUGUACCUGAUGUAUUCCAAUGUAUCCACAGUCUAGGAGGAUUAUGUUCAGAGUCGGACUAUCCAAAGCAUAUCGGCAAUGGGACAUGUCAUUCAAAAAUGUGUCAGCCUAAAGUUAAGGUGAAUGGAUCGAAGCAUGUAAUCAAAGCCAACGAGACAGAUCUUCAACUAGCUGUAUUGAAAACACCAGUGCUGGUGUACUUUGAUGCCAGUCACGCAUCCUUCAUGUUGUAUAAAAGUGGCAUAUAUAGCGAACCAGCCUGUAAAUCAACCGUUCUGGACCAUGUUUUGGUUCUGGUGGGGUAUGGAACCAUGGGGCAAGGUCGUGACUUCUGGAUCUGCAAAAAUAGUUGGGGAAUUAACUGGGGCAUGGAAGGUUAUGUUUUGGUGCAGAGAAACCAUGACAACAUGUGCGGUAUAGCCUCAAAAGCUUCAUAUCCUGUAUAAACAUCUUCAUCACACAAAAUACUUUAUAACAUUGUUUUAGUUCCAUAGAUUCUCGAAAACGAAUGUUUAAAGAACACCAAAAACAAGGCAUGAACUAUAUUUAAUGAAAAGGCUGACGGUGCCAAUCUUCUAAAGAUUGUGGGCAAAAAAACAUUUUGACAUUGAGCAAAGUAGGUUAUCCGCAAAAGAUUGCAAGGUUAAUCAUAAAAUCAAGGUCUUUAUCCCUUAAGAAAAAAGAAGCAUAUUCGUAGGAUCAUCAUUAUCUGAAAGAAAUGUGUGGCAAUACUGUUUAGACUGAUUUCAAAUUUUCACUGUAAACAACGCAUUUUUGCC